UAUAAGCUCCAUCAUUCAUCAUCCAAACUAAGCCAAAAAUGUCUCAGAGAAUACCUAGAUCCAAAAGCAUCAAAACACCACCACCAUCACUACUAUAUCAAGAAACCAAGAAACUUAUUGAUCCUCCUGCUCCUCCUCCAACCUUCUCACAAAAAGCCCUAACCUCGACGGCGAACCUCGCCAACCUCCUCCCCACCGGAACCCUCCUCGCCUUCCAACUCCUCACCCCUGUCUCCACCAACAACGGCUCCUGCGAUGCCGCCACCCGACUCAUCACGCAAAUCCUCCUCCUCACCCUCGCCGUCUCCGCCUUCAUCGCCUGUUUCACCGACAGCUUCCGUGCUCCUGACGGGCAAGUAUACUACGGCCUGGCCACUCGGUCUGGCAUGUGGCUCUUCAAUUACCCGGUUAAGUUGGCGGUGCCGGAUUUAUCGGAGUAUAGGGUUAGUGUUGUGGACGGGGUCCAUGCGGUGUUGACGGUGCUGGUGUUCGUCUCGGUGGCCGCGAGGGGGAGGGAGGAGGAGGAGGUGCUGGAUUUGGUGCCGGUUGGGGUUGGGUUGAUGUGUGGGUUGCUGUUUGUUGUGUUUCCUACCACCAGGCACGGGAUUGGGUACCCUGUGACUGCAGAUGGGCGCUGAGUGAGUUUGUACGUGCUGGGUUUUGUCGUAAGAUGUUGUGCAUGUUUUGUUUUUUGUCUGGUUACUUGUGAGCAGUGCUAACCUUUUUUUUAAAAUCUAUAAAUCUAUUCUAAUUCACUUAUGAGGGUAAUCUCAUAGAAAUAAAUUCACUAUUUGUAUGUAGCAGGGGAUCUCUAGAUGCGAUGUUCAUGUUUUACUCUGUUUUCCGGGGGGAUGGUUGAUAUAUUAAGAAUGUGGUGGCUAAGCUUUGUGUGAUUAUAUGUUUGGAGAUUAUUGGGGAUUA